AUGGAUUCCAUUGCAACCACCAAGGCCGAGGCGGAUGCCCAUUUGGAAACUCUUCGUCAAAAGAGGGGCGUUGGUAGAGGACAACAAGAGGACGUUUCAGAUCAACUAUACAAAGCUUCAACCCAUUUCAUUCUCGAAUUAAUCCAGAAUGCAGAUGAUAACCAAUAUGGUUCUGAAAUUGUGCCCAGUCUGCGACUGGCAUUAUAUAAAAAUGAAGGUCAGGGAUAUUUCCGGUCUGACUGUAACGAAGUUGGCUUCACAUUCAAGCAACUUGACGCUCUUACACGAGUGGGUCAAAGCACCAAAACCGCCAGCAUUAACGACUCAAAGUCGUACAUCGGUGAAAAGGGCAUCGGAUUCAAGUCCGUGUUCAAGGUAGCUGAUGUGGUCCACGUCGCAAGUGGGCUUUAUGAAUUCAAGUUUGACCGCAAUACUCGCAUCGGAAUGGUUCUUCCCAUUACCUCACAAUUUCCUGCCACAGAUCGCGUGGUUGAUCAUACGCAAUUCCUGCUGGAGUUGAAAAGUCAACGCGACUACGAUAUUAUUAAGAAGGAACUAAACAGUAUCGAGCCAGACCUGCUGCUCUUUCUACGUAAUCUGCACCAGGUUCAUAUAUCGACUUACGGCUCGAACAAGGUUUAUCAACGUAAGACCACGAAAUUCGACGCAAGAUAUAAAGGAGAAGCUGUGGAGAUAUCUGUUCAAAGCGACGAUAUUACAUCAAAAGAAUUCAUCGUACACCGACAUGUUGUCGAGAAGCUACCCCCAGAACCCCAGAGAGAAGGCGUGAUUUCUUCUGAGGUCGUACUAGCGUUUACAGUCGACAGUGAAGCUAAUCCCGUAGCCAACACUCAAAAGGUGUUUGCUUUCCUCCCAGUUGACGAUUUUGGAUUCCGCGUAAGUGAUCUUUAG